AUGCCAGUUGUCAAAAGGGAGUCAUCAACUGCAAUUCGAGAGUUGAUUGAUUAUACAAGGAAGCAUUUGCGAAUUCUGAAGGCAAUGGAUUUACCAACGGAUUCAUGGGAUGAACUCAUUGUCCAUAUGAUUGAGAUGAGAUUGGAUCUUGUGUCACCUGGACCUGCGUACCUGGGAACAAGAAGAGUAAGUCAAGGAAAUUCUAUGCCUUCGAAGGGCGAAUCUGACAAGCAGGCUUUAAGGUGUCGAAACCAGAAAUCAGAUCGAGACAACAAAACAGCUUCGCUCACAUUGUCAACAAAUGUCGGUAAAUGUUUCUUGUGCAACGGGGAACAUUUCUUGUACUACUGCGAGAAAUUUAUUGCAAUGCCAACGGACAAACGCAUCAAGGAAGUUCGCCGACUGAAACUCUGUCUCAAUUGUUUGCGAAAUGAUCACUACGUCAAGUCAAGCAAAAUGAGAUCGUGCCGAGAAUGCGCGGGAAGACACAACACUUUAUGUCAUAUGCCAGCUAACGUGAAAGAGGAGAGUGUUGAGACGUCCAACUCCAAACCUGAAAAUAGCGACCAGGUAGCAGUACAUUUGUCAUCAAAUGCGCCGGUGAAAGGUCAUGUGAUAAUGGCUACCGCAAGGGUUCAUGCGAUACUAUCAAACGGGUCUAGUAUACCCUGUCGUAUACUUUUGGACAGUGGAAGUGAAGCGCAUCUUAUCACCAGUUCAACAUGUAAUAAAAUCGGCGUUAAGCGAAAUCGAGCGUCGGAAAUUAUUACAGGCAUAAAUGAACUAACAAAUCAAAUACACCAAGUUUGCGAUAUUGUCUUACAGUCGAGUCAAUCAAAUUUCCAGUUUAAUGUACACUGUCUCAUCGUACCGAAAAUAACCAAACAUCUACCAUCGAUCGAGAUUUCGCGCGAGGUACUUCAGUUUCCGCCAAAUCUAAGGUUAGCGGAUAACAAUUUCGAUAAGUCUAGUCCCAUAGACACUUUGAUAGGGGCAGAAUAUUUCUACGAUAUACUAAAAACCGGAAAAAUAGAACUUGGCAGAAAUCGCCCGAUUCUGCAGAACACGAAAUUCGGCUGGGUAAUUGCCGGACCGGUCGCGUUACUGACUGACUCUAAAACCGUUGAUGUUCUUCAGAUAGUAACGUCUCUUCAUUGCUCUGUACAGCGAUGUGAGUCUCUCAACCGAAAUCUCGAUCGAUUUUGGGAAAUCGAAAAUUGCAAUUCCAACGUAAAACCGUGUAUGUCCGAACCAGAGCGACAAUGUGAAGAACUGUUCGAGCUAACCACCACGCGUGAUGACACUGGUCGAUUUAUCAUGCAUUUGCCAAUCCGUGAGAACGCGAAACCUUUAGGUGAAUCUCGCGAAAUCGCGGAGCGACGAUUGAAACAGUUGGAGCGUCGUUUCAAGAGUAAUCAAUCAUUACAUAAGGAAUAUGUCAAAUUCAUGCGUGAAUAUGAGACGUUAGGUCACAUGUCACUAGUCAGAAACGAUGAAAAGUUGGGUGAGCGCGAUUAUCCAGACGCUUCCCGCAUAUUGCGAGACAAAAUAUAUGUAGAUGACAUUAUGACAGGUGCUGAGGAUGUUAAAGGUGCCAUCGAGUUGCACACGCAGAUUUCUGAAUUGUUGAAUACUGGAGGUUUUGAAGCUCACAAAUGGUGUUCGAACUCUUCAGAGGUCAUGUCAUUAAUUUCUCAAAAUGGAACAAUAUCCUCAACGCUUAGUAUUGAUAAUAAAACAGCUAUCAAAACUCUUGGAUUAGAGUGGAAUCCAGAUGCAGAUGAAUUUAAAUUCGCCGUGCGUAAAUCAGAAUCUGCUACUACGAAAAGGCAAUUGCUUUCCGUGAUUAAGUUCUUUGAUCCGCUUGGCUUCAUUGGGCCAGUACUAACUCGGGCAAAAUUAUUAAUGCAAGAAACUUGGCGAAUUGAUCGCGAUUGGGAUGAACGACUCCUAAAUGAGAUUCUCACUACAUGGGAAGAUUUCAAAGGCGAGCUAGACGCAUUAGAAAUAUUAGGCAUUCCAAGGCGCGUCAUUGCGAUAAAGCGAAUCAGUUAUUUCUUCACGGAUUUUGUGACGCAUCCGAACGUGCUUAUGUCGCGAGUGGCUCCGAUAAAGACAAUAACGUUGCCUCGAUUAGAGUUAUGUAGUGCUGUGCUGCUAUCUCGAUUAACCAUCGUUCGUCGAACCCUCAAGAUACCGAUUGAGAGCGUAAAGGUGUGGUCAGACUCUAUGGUCACAUUAUAUUGGAUACGCAGCGACGUAUCGCGUUGGAAACCUUUCGUGGCAAACAGGGUGGCCGAAAUCAAUGAGCAUUUACUUGCGGCAGCUUGGGGCCACGUCAGUGGCAAGGAAAACCCAGCCGACGUACUUUCUCGUGGCUCCAGUCCUCGUCAACUUGAGGAACUACAGCUAUGGUGGGCGGGGCCGCCAUGGUUGCUCAGCAAGAAAAUGAAUUUAGCUGAGAAUCCUCAAGAGUUCGAUCUUUCACAAAAUUGUCGCGAAUUAAUGUCUAUUGAGGAGCGCAAGGAAAGGCAAACGAAUCAUGUUGUUUCUGGAGAGCGUCAAAUUAUCCCAACAAUGCUUGAUGCAUUUUCUUUACUAACCAAGGUCGAACGAGUACUUGCGUAUUGUCUACGAUUCUUGUCAAAUGCAAGAAAGAAACAAGGGGAUCGAAUCUUGAAUUGCUUAUCAUUGCACGAAUUACAAGAGGCACGUCGAAUUCUUAUUCGUCAUGUGCAAGCGAACCACUUUGGAAUGGAGAUUUCAGAUUUGAAGAGUAAACGCAACGUUAAAUCUUCCAGUAAGCUCGCAUCACUACUACCCUUCAUCGACAACCAGGACAUCAUUAGAGUAGGCGGCCGCCUACAGCAAAGCAAUUGGAAGUUUGAACGCAAACAUCCAAUUUUACUGCCAUCGGAAGCUCGUUUCACGAAAUUAUUAUUCGAGAAGGAACAUAAACGUCUUCUUCAUGCUAAUCAAUUAUUAUUGUUAUAUUCUAUCCGACGACAAUACUGGACAAUUAAGGGAAGAGCAUUAGCGCGUCAAGUAUGCCGUAACUGCAUACGCUGUUUCAAGACUCAACCCCGAGAAAUAACUCAAAUAAUGGGCAAUUUACCAGAGAAUCGUGUACAGCCGAGCCGUUGUUUUUACAACACAGGUGUCGAUUUUGCCGGAUCACUCAUCACGCUAAUUAACAAGGGUCGUGGACGGAAAACGAAUAAAUCAUACAUCGCAUUAUUUGUUUGUUUCUCCAUCAAGGCAAUACACCUAGAAGCCGUAAGCGAGCUGUCAACCGCUGCUUUCAUGGCGACUCUUCGUCAAUUCGUAAGCCGAAGAGGAUGUCCGCAUACAAUAUGGAGUGAUAACGGCACGAAUUUCGUUGGCGCCAAUCGGGAAUUGGGAGAGAUUCAACGGUUCGUAGAGUCUCAAGUCGUAGAUAUCGCCAGUGAUAUACUUACCAAUGAAGGACUUAAUUGGCGAUUUUUUCCUCCAAAUUCUCCUCACAUGGGUGGCUUCUGGGAAGCUGGAAUGAAGUCUUGUAAAUAUCAUCUCAAACGAAUAAUGGGGAACGUGAAGUUUACAUUUGAAGAAUUGGCAACUGUACUCACACAAAUUGAGGCUUGCCUCAAUUCAAGACCGUUAUCUCCUAUAUCUACGGAUCCAGCUGAUUUAGAGCCACUAACUCCCGCGCAUUUCCUCGUAGGAGGACCUUUGACGAGCUUGCCCGAGGUUGACGUAACUGACGUCAUAAUGAAUCGGUUAACUCGUUGGCAGUUGAUUCAGAGAAUUAUACAAGACUUUUGGAAACGGUGGACGGCAGAAUAUCUCUCCGAUCUUCAGCAACGAAGAAAAUGGAAAACACCGCAAGAGAGUUUCAAACUCGACGACUUUGUAGUCAUCCGUGAGGACAACAUUCCCCCCUUAAAAUGGAAACUUGGACGUGUGAUAAAAUUGCAUACUGGAGAGGAUAGCUUUGUCCGUGUUGUGUCAAUACAUGCUUCUAACGGCAUUUUGAUUGUUUUACAAAAUGGGCAAAAUGAAGCUUUUCCUUUGAAAAAUAUCAGGGCAAACACCGUAGCUGAAGUAUUUGUCAGUCAGGAAAUUUCGAGAUACGGUGUGCCUUUAGAAAUUCACACUGAUCAGGGUAGGAAUUUUGAAUCACAGUUGUUUAAGGAACUUUCAGAAAUGUUAGGAAUUAGAAAGACAAGGACUACAGCUCUUCAUCCUCAAUCUGAUGGGCAAGUCGAACGUCAACAUCAAACAAUCCUUCAGUAUUUGCCCAAGUUUGUUAAUGAAAAUCAGAAAAAUUGGGAUAAAUGGAUUCCAUUAUUUCUUUUAGCAUUUAAAUCCGCAAAACAUGAGACAACAGGAAUGACUCCGGCAGAAUUGGAUUUCGGAAGAGAUUUGAGGUUACCUUUAGAUUUACUUCGAGGAACUCCUCCGAAGAAUUGUGUUAUAAAUUUUAGAGAUUAUGUUUCUGACUUAAAAGAAAAGAUAUAUGAAGUUUAUAAAAGUGUUAGGCAGAAAAUGACUUUAAAUACGGAAAAGGUAAAAAGAUGGUAUGAUCAAGGAGCUAGGAAAUGUUUAUUUAAAGAAGGACAAAAAGUUUGGUUUUCCAAUCCACAAAGAAAAAUAGGGAAAGCUCCAAAGUUACAAAGUAAUUGGGAAGGACCUUAUGAAAUAGUGAAACGGUUGAAUGAGGUAAUUUAUUGUAUUAGGAAAUCAAGUAAGAGUAAGAAUAAAGUGGUACAUGCAGAUAGGGACUUGGGGUGUUCUGCAAAAGAACGUUGGGUCCACGGUAGUUGGACCCUACCCCCUGUCCGAAGAGGAGCCAAGGUGGAAGCGGACGAAGAAGCGGAACAACAAGCGGAUUGUUUUGAAAAGAUCCUGGAGACUGAUCACCUCCUAAAGGACAGGAAUAGAGACAGUGAAGGCGAAGAGUCAAGAUCUUCAGAACUCUUGAUUGAGAUCAAGAAUUCAUGGAGUCCGGUAACCUGUAGCAGCAGCUCAGGGUAG